UUUACUGUUAUAUUUGAUUUGUCCCAGUUACCUUAUUAAUUAUUAGCAAUUUAUAAAUUGUUAUCCAUUUAAUUCUUGUCGAAUGUAGUAGUUGAAACAAUUAAUCUCAACUGAAGAAAAUAUUGUUCGACCCUCGAGUAUAUCUUUAAAUCUCUUGGAUGGUCAACCAUUGUCGGGAUUCAACUUUAGAAUAGAGUUUUUUUCAUAUUCUCUUUCUUUUCUUUUCAUCAUCACCAUCAUCACUUUUCUCAUCAUCAUCAACAUCAUCAUCAACAACAACAACAUCAUCAUCAUCAACAACAUCAACAUCAAAUGGUGCACUUGUCUUUCCUUACUUUUUCUUGUCUUUUCUUUUCCUUUUCUCCUUCUUCUUCCUCUUUUUCCCUUGAUCGCUUUUCUUACCCAUUGGUGAUUUAGGUUUUCUUUUUUUUUCUUAUAUUCUUUUCAUCUUUAUCUUCAUCAUCUUUCAUCUUUCUAUUAUAUUACUAUUGUUUUAUACAUUUAUCAUCUUUUCUAUUACUCUCUCAUUUUCCUUCUUUCUCUGUGUUCAUAUUCUUACCUCUUGUGUCUUAGAUAUUAUCUUUUAUCUACAACCUCAAUCUCCAUCCAUAAAACUGUGCGAAUAUAAUCUUCAUCUUGAAAGCUUUUUUUCCUCUCUCACUCACUUACUCUUUCUCUCUCUCUCUCUCGUUUAUGAAAAUUCUUUUACAAUUUUUUUAUAACAUUUUUGCUCACUAUCCCAAUAUCUCAAUAUUUGUCUUCUAUUAAUUAACAACUAAAAAAUCUACUGGUCAUGAGGCCUGAGAUUAACUUCUUAAGUCCUUGCUUAUCUUAAUUUUCCUAUAAGCUAUACAUUAGAUAUAAGCUAUUUAUUUUUGUUUCUUUUUCUGUUUUCUAUUUUUCUCUCUCUCUCUCUCUCCUCCAUCAACAUUAUCAUCCCUGAAGCAUGGUAGAUAUUUUUUAAACUCUUUAAAACCAACUAUCAAGGAGUAAAUCUUUUUAAAAGGCAACAAAAAGAUUCUCAAUUUCAGCCAACAUAACCAUUUUUUAUGUUUAAUCCUUUGGAUUAAAAACAAUAGAAAAGAGAGAGAAAAAGAAAACGAAAGAGAAAGAGAGAGUGAGAGAGCGCGCAAGAGAGAGAGACAUAGAAUGACAGAGAGAAAGAGAGAGAGAGAGAACUAGUCAAAUUUUAAUCCACAUCAUUUUUAUUACUCAUCAUCUUCAUAUCUACUUGUGUGUUUCUCUUCCUCUCAUUUUUUUUUCUUCUUUUCUAAUUUGUUAAUUAUCAACAUUUUCGCUUUGAUUUCCUCUUUAUUAUUUUCCAUCAUCAAAGCUUGUGUUUUGUUAAAAUCUUCAAUCUAUUAUGGCUAAACUACGAUCUGGUAUCGAUGAUCUGGUCAAACUGUUAGAAAUGGUCAAUGAAAUUGAAGAAAAUGGUGAAGAGUUUACUGAAGAGGAAUUACGAAAAGCUUUUAUUCCAGAAGAUAAUGAUGCAAUUGGUAAUCUAAGUGAAGAUUUUUCAUCUACUUCGACAAAAUGUCCACCUUUAAACUUAACUAAUGGUAAAUCACCAUCAUCAUCAACACCAAUAGAAACAUCAUCAUCUUUAUCAUCGUUAUCAUCAUCACCAUCAACCUCAUCAUCACCAUCAUCAUCAUCCUCUCCAACAACAUCUUCAUCAUCACCAUCUAACCAACCAAAAAGUAAUAAUAAUAAUAAUAAUAAUAAUAAUGAAAAUAUUAUUAUAAAGGAUAACAUAAAUAGUACCAUUAAUCCAGACCAAACCAAAGAUGAAGAAAAAAAGGAAACUAUAACUGGUAAUGGACCAAUUAAUUCACCUAACAAUUUAAAUGAUAAUAUAGUAACAACCACUGUUUCUACCACUAAUGAUGAUAAUGUUAAUAAUAAUCAAGUGAAUAGAGAUGAUGAUAGGAGUGUUACUGUUGUAAUUGGUGAACAGAGAAAAGAUGAAGAUAAAAUGUUAUCUGAUUCUGGAGAUGAUAACGUUACCAAUGAUUCUCCGUUUUUUACCUUCUCUAUGGUAAAUCAUUCUAUAACCAAAGACCAGAGUGGAAAAAAUUUAUAUCAUUGUUAUGUUUGUAAUGCUAUUUAUCGUCAUUCAUUCAGUUUAAAGCGACACUUUAUUCGUACCCAUAUAAACUAUGCUUUCCUAUGUGAUGCUGAUUUAGCUAAUUGUAGUAUCACCCUUGCUCUAAGUGAAUCACAUCUUGCUUGGAUAUCGAGAUUAAAAUCAACAUUAUCAACAACAGCAACAAUUUCUAAUGGUGAAAAUGUUUCCUCUCCUGAUACAGGUCAACCAUCAACAUCCUCUGGUAAUCCAUCAUCAUCAGCAUCUUUAGUUGACUCUUAUUUUGGUUCUACUAAUCAUUUGGUCUCUGGAAAUUUAGAUUCAUCCAUGUUACCCUCUUCAUCUACUGUAACAACAACUACAACUGAAACCGCCACCUAUCAACCACCCAAGUCUAAAGGUUUAUAUUGUUGCCACGCUUGUGUUAUGUUUUUUGAUAGAAUUGGUUUUCUUCGAGCUCAUCUUAGAGAGCAACAUCGUUCUCAAAAUUCAGAUACUUUGGAAGCCAUUAGAUUACCUUGUCACCGAUGUGAUAUGACAUUUAUUCAACGGGCACAGUUGGUACGACAUCUUAGUAGUGCUCAUGGACUUAUUACAUCUCAACCAUCAUCAAUGGUUCAACCAUCAGUGGAAACAUCAACAUCAACUUCAUCAUCAACAAUAACAACAACCACAACCAAUACAGUUGGAGGUAUUAAACGUAAAAAGGGUUCAUCAUCAUGUUCAACUACAUCAUCAUCAUCAUCAUCUGGCUGUGACCAAAAAAACUCAUCAAGUGAAGAGAAAUGUGAUGACGAGGAAGAAGAUGGUAAUAGUAGUUCAUCACAAGAACGUAAUCAUCUUACCUGUAAUCAAUGUCCCUUUAAGUGUAAGUCACCUGAACAGUUGAAGAAACACAUCUCAUCCCGACAUCCGAUUAAUACGCUUACAUGUGCUUAUUGUAAAAUUCAAUUCAAUGUUAAAAAGCAGCUCAUUGAACAUCUUUCCCGUGUUCAUAGUAAAUCACUAGUGGCCAAUAGUCGAUUACUCAAAUCAAUGUGUAUUGAAUCAACAUCUUUAUCAACAUCACCUUCAACAUCAACUGCUCAUGUUGAUGCUACAACCUCAACUUUAUCCUCAUCCUCUUCUCAACGUUUAAAAAAUACCAUUUCAACUCGAUCUCUUAAACGUCGACGUGCCAAUCGUCGUGGAGCUAAUUAUGAUGCAGAUGAUUAUGACGAUGAUCUAUUUGAGUGUCACGAAUGUUAUGCUAAAUUUCAUAUAGCAACCGAAUUGUUGAAACACGCGGAAACUGUUCACAAUCCCACUCGAAGUACUCGAUCCGUUAAUAACAAUGCUUCUUAUCGAGAUGAAUCUGCCUUCUAUCAAUCUCUUGCACAGAAAAUAUCUGAGAAUCUAUUAUUCUAUGUUGAUGGUAAACCCAAGGUUCAACCAGAUAAUGAUUGUAACAACAACAACAACAACAACAACACCACCGGUAGAAACUCAACCAGCACCAAUAACUGCACAGACAAACCCAACGAAAGCUCAACUAACCAGAUUAAAUUGUUGAACUUACAAGAUUACAAUUUUCCUCCUGGUUUUAAACUAUAUGCCGAUGAUGAUGAUGAUUGUGAUAUUACUGUAAAUGAACAAAAAUCAACCAACGGUGGUUCAAUUGCUCAAGUAAAUAAUAACAAUAACAACAACAAUCUAUCAAUGAUCAACAAUGAUAAUAGUAAUACAAUUAAAGACAAAGAAACGGAAUCAGAGAAAGAUAAUAAAAAUAUUACUAUUUCAUCAACAACCUCAACCACAACCACAACCACCACCACCGAUGCUAACAAUGGAUUAGUCAUUGAUUUUACCAAUAAUCAAUCAACAGGUACAAUUGAUGUAAAACCGGGAACUUUGGUUUUCAUUUGUAAUGCAUGUGAUAAUUAUUUCCUUUCAUUAAGUGAUUUUGAUGAGCACGAAAUUAAUAAUCAUCCAAAUGUAUUUUGUUCGUACACCGAAAUUGAGUACAAUCCAAACAUUCCCGUCAAUAUAUUUAGAUGGCAAUCCUACAGUCCCCAUGGAUUAUUAAGAUCAUGUAAAGUACCUGUGAUUGUCUCUUCAUCUUCCGAGCCUAGUAUUAAAUGUACUAAGUGUCACAACAAAUUUUCCACUGCCACGGAGCUUUAUCAGCAUAUACUUGAUUGCUCAUCUAAAUCAAAAAGAAAAUCAAAACCACCAAUCAAAUCAAUAUCAUUAUCAAUUUCAUCGUUACCCAUAACCUCAUCUUCAUCUUCACCAACAAUACAACCACCAGAAAAAAAUGCAAUAACAAUACCAACUGCAAUAAUGACAGUAAAUGAUAAUCAAAAUAUCAAACCAAAAUUAACAAUUUCUCCUCAACCAAAAGUACCAAUAAUUUCAUCUUCAUCACCAUCUCCUAAAUCAUCAACAACAAUUACUACAACUACUGCGACACCAUCCACUUCAUCGUGUAUCUCACAACCUUCAUCUUCAUCUUCAUCUUCAUUAAUCUCUUCUACCUCUUCACUUUCAACUCUCAUCAAAAAGAAAAGCUCAACAAAAAGUCACUCCCGUCUCUUUAAAACUUCAUCCGUUCGUAGAUCAGGUCAAUCACAACGAUCGACCACUGGUACCAGUAGUAUAUUAGAUUCUCUAUCUUAUAGUACUCGUUCUGCCCGGAAACGAGAAAACAAUGAUGUCGACAUUGACGUUGACUGUGGCCUUAGUUUGGUUAAAAAACGGAUACGAAAAGUCCGUUAUAACUGUACAAAUUGUGGUGAAAUUUUCAGUCAUCAUUUGACCUUUGCUAAACACCGUAAUCAUUGCCUUAAGUCAUCAACAAGUGUCAAGGAAGAAAAAACUUUUCCUUGUGAAACCAAGAAGACCAAAAAUUCUGACACAUCAACUUCAUCAUCCUCAUCAACAACAGAACUAUCAACAAAAAAUGCAAUAACAUCAGAUGCUAUAAUUACUACAAUUAAUGACAAUCAAAAUAUCAAAGCAAAAUCAACAAAAUCUCCUACAUCAUUAACAACUACUGCAACAUCAUCGAUGCCUUCAUCUUCAGCUAACUCCUCCGUCUCAACACUUACAAAUGGCUCAUCACAACGGAAAGCUCAACAAAAAGUCACUCCUGUCUCCUCGCAAUCUUCAACUGGUCGGAGGUCAGGUCAAUCUCCACGAUCAACCUGUUCCAAUAGUAUACUUGAUUCUUUAUCGUAUAGCACUCGCUCCAGGAGAAGAGAAAACAAUGGAGCCGAGAUAGACUUAGAUUGUGGCCUUAGUUUGGUCAAAAAACGGAUUCGCAAAGUCCGUUACCAUUGUACAAACUGCUGUGAAAUCUUCAGUCAUCAUUUGACCUUUGCUAAACACCGUAAUCAUUGCCUUAAGUCAUCAAGUGUCAAGGAAAAGAAAACUGUUCCUUCAAACACCAAAAAGACCAAAAAUUCUGACACCUCAACCUCAUCUUCAUCAUCAUCCACAACAUCCUCGCCCUCGAAAACUACAAAAAGACCAACCCAUCGUGUCGAUUCAAUUAAACGUCGAUCCAUAUUAUCAGAACCUUAAAACAAAAGCCCAAAACUUUAAUUAUAUAGCUCAUUAUAAUUUCAUUAUCUAAUUGUAUCAACAAACAAUUUUGUUAACUACUUUCCGCCAAAAAUAAAAUUUCAAUAAGGUUUCCAAAUAAAUUGGUUACAAUUAAAAACGAGAACCAAA